CUCUCUCUUUCAUGCUCUCUCCCUCCCUCCGUCAGUGUCACUCUGUAGUGGAGAUGUGGAGUAUCUUUCUGUCCCUCUGUCUGUUUUUCCAGCCGAAUUCAGCUGAGGAAGUGAUGCUACUGGACACAACGGAGUCUACCUCGGAGCUGGGCUGGACCACCUAUCCGGACACGGGGUGGGAUGAAGUCAGCGUCCUGGACGACCGAGGGAAGCUCAUACGAACGUUUGAGGUCUGCAAUGUCAACCAAAAUCCCCGUCUGCAGGACAACUGGCUGGCUACGCCUUUCCUGUACCGACACUCGGCCCCGCGAGUGUUUGUCACGCUGCGUUUCUCCGUGCGCGACUGCGCCAGCCUGCGCUUCCCCUCUCCCACCUGCAGAGAGACGCUCACCCUGUACUACAAGCAGGCCGACUCCCAGAGGGAGCUGGAGAGGACCUGGGUCGCCGAGCCGUCCAGCGGAGAGAAGGAGACCAGGGAGGGCUGGGUGAAAAUCGACACUAUUGCGGCCGAUAAGAGUUUCUCCAAGGUGGAGCCCAGCUCGCCGCAUCAGUACCAGCCCAACAGAUACAGCCGCAUCAACAUGAAGACGCGCAGCUUCGCCCCUCUGACUCGCAGCGGAUUCGUCCUGGCCAUCGUGGACAGCGGGGCCUGCGUCUCCCUCAUGGGCGUGUCCAUCUUCUACCGGCGCUGCCCGGCCACCAGCCUCCACCUGGCGUCCUACCCGGCCACGCCCUCGGGCGCGGAGCCCACCGCCCUCGUGCCCGUCAGCGGGACGUGCGUCCCCCACAGCAAGGCGCAGGGCGGCUCGUCCCCUCGCAUGCACUGCAACGCCGAGGGCGAGUGGAUGGUGCCCGUCGGCGGCUGCGUCUGCGACGGCGGCUACGAGCAGAACGUCAAUGGAUCCGCCUGCUUGGCUUGCCCCGUGGGCUACUUCAAGUCGGAGUCGGGCUCCGUUCCCUGCUCAGUGUGUCCGCCCAACAGCCGGACCAGCCAGGAGGGCUCGAGUGUGUGUGAAUGUCGCAGCGGCUUUUACCGGUCCUCCAAUGAUGCCAACUCCACUGCCUGCACAACUCCUCCGUCUGCUCCGGUGUCUCUAACCUGGGAGUACGAGAGUGGAGACGGCGGGGUCUCCUUGAGAUGGCGUCCUCCGCUGGACAUGGGCGGCCGCAGCGAAGUGUGGUACGGGGUGGUGUGCCGCAUCUGCCCCUCGCCCACCUUCACGAACCCGGCGUCGUGCUCCUGGUGCGGCGAGGGCGUCACCUUCAGCCCCUCGAAGACCAAUCUGAAGCAGACCAGGGUCACCCUCAACAACCUGCUGACCAGGGUCACUUAUCUCAUACAGGUGCAGGCUAUGAAUGAGGUGUCGGCUUUGAGUCCCUUUCCUGCCCGAUACACCAGCAUCAAUUUCACCACGAGCCAGUCAGUUCCCAGCACAGUUCCCAUGAUGCACCAGCUGAGCCGUGCUCCAGACUCCAUCACUCUGUCCUGGCCGCAGCCGGACCGGCCCAACGGAGACAUCCUGGAGUACCAGCUCAGAUACUACGACAAAGGUUCAGACGUAGACAGUGCAUUGAGUGUCUUCAGUGAGACGAACACGGUGACGGUCACCGCCCUGAUCCCCGGCUCCAUCUACGCCUUCCAGAUCAGAGCUCGGAACGAACGAGGCUUCGGGCCCUACAGCAACACCAUCUACUUCACAACGCUGCCACUGGAGGAGCAUUCACAGCAGAUCCAGAAUCGACUUCCUCUGCUGGUGGGCUCGGUGAUGGGCGGGGCAGCUUUUCUCCUUGUAGUAGCGGCCAUUAUAGUUGUGGUGGUCUUUCGCAGUAAGAGGAGGGAGAGUCCGUACAGUGACAGACUCCAGAGGUACAUCAGUAACAGAGGAGGUGUCAAGUAUUACGUGGAUCCGUCCACGUAUGAGGAUCCCAGCGAGGCGGUCAAAGAAUUUGCCCGAGAGAUAGAUCCCACUCACCUGAAGAUUGAGGAGGUUAUUGGUGCAGCCCAGUUCGGGGAGGUCUCCCGCGGCCGCUACCGUCCCCUCGGUCGCAGGGAAGUGCUGGUGGCGGUGAAAACUCUGCGCUGGGGCGCCUCUGACAGAGAGAAAGGGAUGUUCCUCAGUGAGGCCGGGGUCCUGGGACAGUUUGACCACCCCAACGUGCUGAAGCUGGAGGGCGUCAUCACCCGCACCCCCCCAGAGAGGAUCAUCACCGAGUUUAUGGAAAACGGACCUCUGGACGGCUUCCUCAGGGAGAACGAAGGCCAGUUCAGCGUCCUGCAGCUGGUCGGGAUGCUCAGGGGGGUCGGUGCGGGGAUGCGUUACCUCGCUGAGAGAAACUUUGUCCACAGAGAUCUGGCAGCCAGAAAUGUGUUGGUCAACUCCAACCUGGUCUGCAAGGUGUCUGACUUCGGCCUCUCGCGGCUCAUGAGGGGCCUGGACCACAACAUACCGACGUACACCGCCUCGCUGGGCAGUAAGAUUCCUGUGAGGUGGACGGCGCCGGAGGCCUUUCAGCACCGCAAGUUCAGCUCGGCGAGCGACGUCUGGAGCUUCGGCAUCCUGAUGUGGGAAGUGAUGUCCUACGGAGAGCGUCCAUACUGGGACAUGAGCAAUCAAGAAGUGAUGAAGGCAGUAGCAGAUCAGUAUCGCCUCCCGGCCCCCCACAACUGCCCCCCCGCCCUCCACUCCCUGAUGCUCCAGUGCUGGCAGGCCGACCGAGGGGACCGUCCGGGCUUCGACUCGGUGCUGUCCUCUCUGGACCGUCUCAUCAGGCAUCCGGCCUCGCUCAAGGCCGAACCGACCCGAAGCUGCUCCCAGCCGCUGCUCAGCCCCACCCCCACAGACCUAUCCUCGGUGGCCACAGUCAGCGACUGGCUGAGGGCGCUCAGGAUGGAGAGAUAUCAGGACGAGUUUGAUCGGGCGCACCUGGACACGUUAGACAGAGUCAGCAGGCUAACCAUGGAAGACGUCCAGAAUCUGGGCGUGAACCUGCUGGGACAUCAGAGGAAGAUCGUCAGCGCCGCCCAGCAGCUCAGGGCCUUUCUGAUCCAGGGCCAGGUGGAGGUCUGAAGCCCCCCUGCUGCACAGUCUGUGCCACAGACCUCUGUGGUUUUCACAACCUUCUGCUUGAUGCAUCCAGUUUCUGCAACGCUCCUUUAUUUUCCCUCUUUUAUUAUUAUUUUUGUUUGUUUUUUUGAUGGAGCACAUUUUAAGCCAAAAUGUGAAAGACAGCCACUCUGACAGAGUCACUGUCUAUUCUGAUAAACCCGACACCACAACCAGAGUGGACAAAAAAAAAAAAGAAAGAAAGAAGCCGGAGUUUUUCCAUGCAGUCACAAAUAACUGGGAGAGAUGCAUUAUGGGAACUGCAGUCCA